AUGAUCGAUCGGCAAAUAAGCAACCUGUGUCUUCUGACCGAACCCGAUGAGGAGGAGGACGAGCGCAAGAACACCAAGGCUGUUUCGAAGCUUCUGGAUCCCGUAGAACAUCUGGAGCAAUGGCGAGUAAUCUGCAUCGACUUCCAUCGGUUCCGAGCCAAAUGUCCCGACAAAUGCAAGGAACUCAUCCGGCAAGGCAUUCCAGAGUUCCUCCGUGGUUCUGUGUGGCAGAAGCUGGCACUUUCACGCGAGCUCUUGCACAAGCACCCGAAGGACAUCUACGAACAGAUGAGACGGGCUGAAGCAGCGCCAUGUGAGGGCGACAUCGUUCGGGACAUCAAUCGAACUUUCCCCAAGCAUGUGCUGUAUCGCGAUAAGCAAGGUUUGGGUCAACAGCAGCUGCUGAACGUACUGCGAGCAUAUUCAGUGUUCAACGCUGAAGUUGGGUACUGUCAGGGAAUGGGCUUCAUCUGUGGGGUCUUGUUGAUGUACAUGGGUGAGGAUGAUGCGUUUCUCAUGCUGAUCUCGCUGCUUGAGAACUAUCGCAUGGCAGGCCUCUUCAUGCCGAACCUCCCACUCCUCAACAAGUACUUCUUCCAGCUGCAAAGACUGUUGGAGAUGAAUCUGCCUCAGCUCUACGAGCACCUGGCCGAGCAAGGUGUUGAGCCGACCAUGUAUGCCUCCCAAUGGUUCAUGACUGUUUGCAUUUACAAUUUCCCUUUCUCGACGGUUGUGCGUGUUUGGGACAUUUUCCUCGCAGAGGGAGUGAAGAUUAUCUUCCGCAUUGCGUUGGCGCUGCUGAAGCUGAACCAAGACGCUCUCCUUCACCAGUCCUUUGAGCAAAUCCUGCAAACUCUGAAACAGGCACCUAGCGCGGUGGACUCUGAAAUGCUGAUCAAGACCGCUCUCAACAUAAAGCUGAAGAACAAAACACUGAAGGACAUCGAGUCAGAGUGGCUCUCCCAAAUGACUCCCGGCCUAUGA